AUGUGUCCAGAUAUAAACUCUUUACCUCCAUCUCGAUCACCAUCGUCUUCCUCGUCCUUCCCUCACCGCAACCUCCCUUCCGGCUCCCCAGGAACUGCCCCCGCACCAAUGAAUCCGAGCAACACAACGUCGAUCUCCCCACGACCGGGUCGACUAUCGGUAUCGGAAAGACGCCGGUCUACUACUGGCACGAAUGUAAACCCGACCGAUUCAUCCAGUGCUGCUCCUGGAAAUCACGGCGAUAGCUCCUGGUCCGACCAUCGUUCCGCCAUCGGCCAUGCAUUGCACACAGCUAGUCCCACAAGCCAUGGUGGUAGCCCAGUGUUUGCAACAGCCGAUCCGCAUCAUCAGCGAGCACCUUCCCUAGGAGAGCUGCAUCAGGAAUUGGAGCAAGAGCAAGAAGCCCAAGUGAAUCGAUUACUACAGAUGAUACGCAGCCAGCAGACCCAGCUUCAGCAACUGCAACAACAGCAGUCGACGCAACCAGGAGCCAGUACUGCUAUUGUCGAUGAACCAAGUUCUGCAUCAGAACGGUCGCCAUCGUUCUCUCUUCCCAUGCCACCAGCUCCCGCUCCUGGCAGUCGACUUUCCAUUUCAUCUGUUUCGAACCGUCGAUCAUCCCGACCACCCAGUCAAGCGACAUCUCCAAACUUGCAACCACGGGAUUCAUCACGAGAAUCGCACGGCACAGAAGCAUUCCCAACUUUGCGUGACAGUAGCUCACGGCGUGGGAGUCGAGACGAGAGCGCGUACUACCAGGCAGAGGCCACCAUGCUUAGCCGAGAGAACCAGAUGCUACGACAGCGAGUACGCGAACUCGAACGUCAGAUAGGAGAUUUGAUAACUGCGCGACCUUCCGCUUCCCCGGCCAACGGAUCGGGCGAGGCUUCAGGGCAAGCGGGGGCCGAAACGGUGGACCCGCCCGUCGUGAGAUCGGCAGAUGGAAAAGACUGA